AUGAUCAUUCCCUUAUUCAUUUGCAUUUUUUUCUUUGAACUUGUUCAAUCAAAUGUACCGUUUCGGAGAAAAACUGGAAAAACAGCUGGUUAUCCAGUGGUGAUAAUUCCCGGUGAUGCAGGCAGUCAAUUGGAGGCAAAUCUUACUGGGAAACCCACAGUGGUUCAUUAUGUGUGCUCGAAACAGACUCAGGAAUACUUUGAUCUGUGGCUCAAUCUUGAGUCUUUCUCACCGAUUGUCAUCGAUUGCUGGCUGGAUAAUAUGAAAUUAGUUUACAACUCCUCAUCCGGUUUCUCAUCAAAUAUGCCAGGCGUUGAUGUGAGAGUACCCGGAAUGGGAGAUACAAGCACUGUGGAAUGGCUUGAUCCGAGUAAUGCAUCAACUGGCUCAUAUUUCUUCACAAUGGUCGACAUGAUGGCCACAUGGGGUUAUCGAAGAGGGAAAUCGGUAGUAGCAGCACCGUAUGAUUGGAGAAAAAGUCCUGUGGAGAACAGAAACUACUUCCUUUUAUUGAAAUCCCUCAUCGAGCUCACCUACAAAUACAAUCAGAACACAAAAGUCGUCAUCUUGGCUCAUUCGAUGGGAAAUCCGGCAAUGCUGUACUUUUACAAGAACUUCGUGGAUCAGGAUUGGAAAGACAAGUACAUUCAAUCACAUGUCAGUCUGGCUGCUGCAUGGGGUGGAUCAAUGCAAAUUGUUCGACUGAUGAUCUCUGGUUACAAUAUGAACUAUUACCGGAUCAUUCUCGCUCCAUCAAAACUCCGCGAAAUGCAGCGAUCAUUCACUUCAUCAGCUUUUCUUUUCCCAUCAAACGCAGUUUGGAAAGAAGACGAAGUGUUGGCUGUUGGACCAGAGAAGAAUUACACACUGAAAAAUGUGCAAGAAAUGUUCAAUGAUUCAAUGUAUCCGAUUGGAUGGGAUCAGUAUCAGAAACACUCGCAAUUAUUGGGUGAUCUUGAGGCACCUGGCGUUGAGAUUCAUUGCAUUUAUGGAAUCGGUCUCGACACGCCCGAUCUCUUCACUUGGACAAAGGGUUGGUUUCCCGAUUACGUUCCCUAUGUGCAAUAUGGUGAUGGAGAUGGAACGGUGAAUAGGAGGAGUGGAGAAGUGUGCACGAAAUGGAAUCAGAAUAAUAAUAAAGGGAAAAAGGUCACUAUCCACGCUCUCGACAAAACAGAACACAUGGCAAUCAUGCAAAGUCCGGCCGCCAUUGAGCUCGUUCGAAAGGCUCUUUAUGGAGAGCUU